AUUCCGGGCUAGAGCGCCUCUCCUCCGCCGGCCUUCUUCAAGCUCCAGCAGCUUCUAUUUCCCGCUGCGGAUUCUGUUGUAAAGCCGAGACCUCCUUUCAACCGCGGUGUCGCGGGUCCCUCCCGCCUCGCCUAGGGUCAGCGGGCAAGGACGGUCACGGGUUGGGGGGACUGCUCAGCCCACAGCUGAGCCAGGCCGCGCGGGGCUGGCCGUACUGGUGCACGCCCGAUCCCUCAGAGCCUCUUGGCUUUUGAACCCUCCUGAGUGAGAGUCCCUGACUGGCAGCCUCCGGGACUGCCGCUCGACAGGCCAGCGUCCAGUGCCGAGCUGUCUCCCAUAGUCAACGUUUUGUCCCGUGAAGCGCAGCGUUAGUCAAGUCACCCCUCCUACACACUAUUUAACCACGUCUGUGUUAACUUCGUUCUUCACCUCCCUUCCCUCGAACACCCGCCCACCGCCCCCUAGCUUGCCUCCGGAAGAGGUCUUUUUUUUUGGCCCAGUUCCAGUAAAACUGAGGGGCUAUCUUUUGAGAUAGAAGUUAUCGUUGAGACUGAGCACCCAUCUGGCGCCCCCCAAAAGUUCAUGCUUACUAAAGAGCUUGUGGACAAAGAAAAACCCAGUGCACACACGAAACUAUGGCUGAGCACGGGGCUCACAUCACGACUGCCUCUGUUGUGGAUGACCAGCCAUCCAUCUUUGAGGUGGUAGCACAGGACAGUUUAAUGUCAGCAGUGAGACCUGCUCUUCAGCAUGUGGUCAAGGUUCUUGCAGAAUCAAAUCCUGCCCACUUUGGCUUCUUUUGGAGGUGGUUUGAUGAAAUCUUUACCCUGCUAGAUCUUCUGCUCCAGCAGCAUUAUCUGUCAAAAACCAGCGCCUCCUUUUCUGAAAACUUUUAUGGCUUAAAGAGGAUUGUAAUGGGAGACCAACACAGGCUUCAGAGAUUGGCCAGUGCUGGUCUCCCAAAGAAGCAGCUUAUGAAAUCAAUCAUGUUCCUGGUUCUUCUUCCCUAUCUGAAAGUGAAACUGGAGAAGCUGGUUUCUAGCCUGAGAGAAGAAGACGAAUAUUCCAUCCAUCCCCCUUCUUCCCGCUGGAAACGAUUUUACAGAGCCUUCCUGGCAGCCUACCCAUUUGUUAACAUGGCCUGGGAAGGCUGGUUUCUGGUACAGCAGCUUCGAUACAUCCUAGGAAAGGUUCAACAUCACUCACCACUGCUGAGGCUGGCUGGAGUUCGGCUAGGUCGGCUUACAGUUCAGGAUAUACAAGCUCUGGAGCACAAAUCAGCUAAGGCCAGCAUGAUGCAGCUACCAGCUGGGAGCAUUGGUGAGAAGAUAAAGUCAGCUCUGAAGAAAGCCGUGGGGGGUGUUGCCUUAUCCCUCUCUACUGGCCUUUCGGUGGGUGUAUUCUUCCUGCAGUUCCUUGAGUGGUGGUAUUCAUCGGAAAACCAAGAAACCAUCAAGACCCUGACUGCUCUGCCUACCCCACCACCACCUGUACACCUAGACUACAAUUCUGAUUCUCCUCUGUUACCCAAAAUGAAGACUGUGUGCCCACUGUGUCGUAAAAACCGGGUGAACGACACGGUUCUCGCCACCUCUGGCUACGUGUUUUGUUACCGCUGUGUGUUUAAUUACGUGAGGAGUCACCAGGCUUGUCCGAUCACAGGUUAUCCAACAGAGGUACAGCAUCUGAUCAAACUGUACUCCCCUGAGAAUUGAGAGGGGUUAGCACCUUAUCUCACAACAAAAUGAUUGCACUGUAAGGCCACAGGGCUUGAUACUUCUCAUUCCCAAUUAGGAGAAGGCAAUGGCAACCCACUCCAGUACUCUUGCCUGGAAAAUCUCAUGGAUUUUCCUCCCUGGAAACCCUCCAUGGAGGAAUCUGGUAGGCUGCAGUCCAUGGGGUUGCUAACAGUCGGACCCGCCUGAGCGACUUCACUUUCAUGCAGUGAAGGAAAUGGCAAUCCACUCCAGUGUUCUCGCCUGGUUCUCCAGGCGAUCCCAGGGAUCGGGGAGCGUGGUGGGCUGCCGUCGAUGGGGUCGCAUAGAGUCGGACACGACUGAAGUGACUUAGCAGCAGCAGCAUUCUCAAUUAAUAAUUGUGUGAACUUCAGACAACCACAUAGAAUAUAAAAGGGUUUACUCGUUGAUCUUAACCUUUUAGCUUGCUCCCUAGACACCCCUACUUAGAGUUGACCAAGCUGGUUAGAGUGAGAGAAUCAGGACUGGCAAGGGAUGUGAGGGUCAGCAAAGAGGAUGGGAUAAAAGAGAAUACUUGACACAGAAGAUCUUCUCUCCCCCUCAUUAAAGGACAAGAGGUAUAGAAGCUCUCAGGGAAAACCCACGUUAGACCUCCUUAUGUGGGUGGUGAAUCGGAAACAGGCCUUUUUGGAAAAGAAAGCAGUAACCAGCCUCUGCAUGCUUAUGUGCUCAGUGGCUCAGUCAUGUCCGAGUCUUUGAAAUCCCAGAGACUGUAGCCAAAAGGCUCCUGUCCAUGGGACUAUCCUGGCAAAAAUACUGGAAGGGGUUGCCGUUUCCUCCU